UGGCCCGGUUCCUCGCCGGCUGACUGUAAAGGAGUGCACUCUGUGAGGCUGAGUUGUGAACUGGUUCGACUGGACUGGCGGUGACACCCUCACCGAGCAGACCGAGAGAUGAACACCGGAACUCGGAGAUGAGGCCGCUGUAGGUUCGGAGAGUCCGGUUCGACGGAAGCCAUGAGGGCCGCCGCGGUGGCGUUUUACGGGGCGGCUCUGGGGCUGCUGCUGGUCGGCCUGCGGGAGCUGCUGACUGGCUUUGAGGAGAACCGAUGCAGCAUGACCUACAUGUUUGAGUACCCGGAGUACCGGCGCGUGUCUCUGCCCAGACGCGUGGCCAGACUUUACCCAGCAUACGGCCUCUACCUCUACGGCGAGGGCCUGUACGCUCAGGAGACCCGGGCGCUCAAGCUCAGCGGCGCGCCCGUGCUCUUCCUGCCCGGAAACGCCGGCAGCUACAAGCAAGCUCGCUCUCUGGGCUCGGUGGCCCUGAGGAAGGCAGAGAACAUGGAGGGAGGCGUCCAUCUCAACGUCUUCACCGUGGACUUCAACGAGGAGCUGGUGGCGCUUUACGGCGGCAGUUUGCUCCGGCAGACCCACUUCCUGCACGAGAGCAUCAAGGCCAUCCUGCGGCUGUACAAGCAGCUGAAGACGCCGCCCCAGAGCGUGGCGCUGGUCGGCCACUCCAUGGGGGGCGUGGUGGCCCGGGCGCUGUUUACUCUUCCUCGCUUCAACCCUCACCUGGUCAGCCUCAUCAUCACUCAGGCCUCCCCCCACAUGGCCCCGGUUCUGGCCCUGGACCCGUACCUGCUGGAUUUCUACACAGCGGUGAGGCAGAAGUGGGUGAAUCAGGCGGCCAAGCUCAGGAACAUCACCUUGCUGUCGGUGGGAGGCGGUUACCGUGACUACCAGGUCCGGUCUGGGCUGACCUCCCUGCCCUGUCCCCCAGGAGACCCCAACAAGCUGUCUCUGGUGGUGACGGCGGUUCCCCGGACCUGGGUCUCCACCGACCAUCUCUCCAUCGUCUGGUGCAAAGAGCUGGUCCUCGCCACAGUCAGGGCGUUCUUUGACCUCAUUGAUGCCCAAACCAGACAGUUCACAGAUGAUCCAGAGAGGAGGCGGAGCAUCCUGAACCAUCACUUCAUCAGACACAAUGUCAGGACACUGAGAGACGUUCAGGACACAUCCGUCCCCAUCCUGGAUGUUCCUGAAGCCUGGAGUGAAGUGAACUCUCUACGUCUGUCCUACAGAACCCCGAAGGAAGGACAGCUGAAGUACUUCCUGUUUGCUCUGCCGAGUCGGCGGAACGCCUACAGUCAUUUCUACUGCCGCAGCAACAACCUGGAGACGAGCAGCUGGGUUUUCGGCUGUCUCCAUGGCAACGCCUCCUCCUGCGGACGCGCCGUGGACCUGUCCAUGGGAACCGAGUUGCUGCCAGCUUAUAAGGUUCUGGUUCUGAGUCUGGCCGACUUGUCCUCCUUCACUCAUCUGGUCGUUUCUGCCUCCAACCUCAACAGCAAACAGUUCACGGUGGAGUGUGAGUGGCAGAGAGAAGAAUCUCUGACCCGGUCCAUCUCUGUGCCUCAUGUCCUGUCCUUCGGUUUUCAAGCCAGUGACAUCACAGUGAACUCCUCUGGACUUCUUCACAACAUCCAGCUGUUGCACUUCCACCAGGUCUACCAGGCCUUCCGGAUCAGCGUAGUGAGUCAGUGCAGAGGAACCAGAGACAGGCUGCCCAGUGUGUACCGGAUGCGGGUCCCCUGGUUCCAGGAGGAUUCCUUCACCACAGCCAGCGCGCCGUCCGCCACAGAGAUCUCAGGGAUGCUUCACACCAGUCGCCCUGACAACGGCUCCAGUGUGCUGCUGCAGCUCCACACCGCCCCCAACUGCCAGUACAAGGUGUCAGUCAGAACCUCCUUCCCCAAGGUGCUGGGACAGGUCCUGCGGUUCUGCGGGCCGCUGGUUCCGGUCUACACGGCCGUAGCGCUGCUCCUGGCCUGCGGGGGGCAGCUGUCCUCCAUCCUGGCGUCGGGUCGAGCAGCAGACAUGAGCGAGGCGGUGGGCGGGGCGCUGCAGCUGCACAAGGUCAACCUUCCUGUUUACCUGCUGCACAUCCUCCUCAGCUGCUGUCGGGACCUCCUCCCCCUAGAGGACUCCCUGCCCCCCACUCCGCCUGACGAGGCUCUUCCUGAGUGGGCGGAGUCAGGGGAGGAGUGGCACCAUCUGCUGGCGCCGCUGCUGUACGUGCUGGGGGCCGCCGUGGCGUUCUGGGCCAGCGCUCUGCUGCGCCUGCUGGUCCGGCUCGCCUCGCUGCUGCUGGCGCCGCUGCACAGGCCGUCCGUCUCCAGAGGCGCCGGGACUCUGCGGCUCCGGAUCCGCCUCCUCCUGGCCGUCUGCCUGGUGGCGGCCGGGUCCACUUCCUGCGGCGCUCUGGCCAUCGCCGCCGCCGGCCUGCUGCACCUGAACCGGGUUCUCCGGCUGCAGAUGACGGAGCGAUCUCUGAGUCACAUGUUGAACCUGGCGCCACAGAAACAGAAACCGGCCGCCAACGGGGCGCUGGAGGCCGCGGCCGGCGAGCGCGGCGGCGCCCCGCUGCUGUCAGAGAGCGCCCUGCAGGAAGUGAGGGACGACCUGCAGCUGCACCUCAGCCUGGCGGCGCUGCUGCUGCUGCCUGCCGUGCUCAGCGCGCCGUCGCUGCUCCAUUGGAGCCGCAGCCUGAGGUUCUGCACCCAGCUGGACCCGGAUCCCUGCUGGCUUCACUCCGUGCCUCUGGUCUGCGUCUCCCUGCUGCUCAUCAACUGCGACACGCUGCAGCUCAGCAACAGCCGACUGCUGCCUGUCGUCUCCUGCCUCCCACUCCCAUUGGCUGUCGCCAUGGCGACCUUCUCUUCACUCCACCUGUACAGAAUUGCCUACUUCCUGUCUGCGGUGCUGGUUCCCCUGGGCGUCUGCUGCGUCCUCUGACGGCCCGGAAACCGACCCGCCCGCCGUCCGGACGUCCUGCCGCCUCGUCUGCCUUAUCGCUCUGCCUUCAGGGAGUCAGCGGGGGGCGCUGUUCUGAU